AUGCUCAGCAAUAAAAAGGAAGCCACAGCGACUCGAGGGGGCAGAGUCAGGCACCAGAUCAGUCUCGCUGCCGAGGUCCAGGGGAGGCAGCGCGGUGUGCUGGCCACAGGGGCUCACUCUGCAGCUCAAUGGCAUCCCCAAAGAGAUUGCAGGGUCUCACAGCAGCUACAAUCACUCCAAUGACUCCAGAUGGAGAAAUUAACCUCUCUGUGAUUGGGCAAUAUGUGGAUUAUCUUGUAAAAGAGCAGGGUGUGAAGAACAUUUUUGUGAAUGGCACAACAGGAGAAGGGCUGUCACUGAGCACCCAGGAGAGGAAGCAGCUGGCAGAGGAGUGGGUGACCAAAGGGAAAAACAAGUUGGAUCAUGUGAUCAUUCACGUGGGAGCAUUAAGUCUACCAGAGGCAAAGGAACUGGCCAAACAUGCAGCUGCAAUAGGAGCCAGUGGUAUUGCUGGGAUCGCCCCCUUUUUUUUCAAACCUACAAACAAAGAUACAUUGGUUGCUUUCUUACGGGAAGUUGCAUCUGAAGCCCCUGGCAUUCCAUUUUAUUACUAUCACAUUCCUCCUUUAACAGGUGUAAAGAUUCGUGUUGAGGAGCUGCUGGAUGGUAUAAAAGAACAGAUCCCCACCUUCCAGGGGGUGAAGUUCAGUGACACAGACCUCUUGGACUUCGCACAGUGUGUGAAGAACAACAAAGAGCAAUUUGUGCUACUCUAUGGGGUGGAUGAGCAUCUGCUGAGUGCACUGGCAAUAGGAGCAUCUGGGGCAGUUGGAAGCACAUACAACUACCUGGGCAAAAAAAACAACUUGAUGUUGGAGGCUUUUGCAAAGCAAGACCUUGCAUUAGCACAACGGUAUCAGUUCUGUACUGGAGAAUUUCUCAGCUUUGUAUUCAAACUAGGUUUUGGUGUUGCACAGACUAAAGCAGUCAUGACUUUUACCUCAGGGAUUCCAAUGGGUCCCCCACGGCUUCCGCUCCUGAGUGCCUCUGUGGAUUUUAUUGAGAAAGCAAAAGCUAAAAUGGAGAGCCUGAUUGUGUGA